AUGCUUUAUUCUUUACUUGGUAUUUUAUUACUAAACUUGCUUAAAUAGGCAUAUAGUAUUGUACCUAAUGAAGAAGAUUAUGGUUACCAGAAUUUCUUUGUUAGUGAUUAUUGCUUGAUGAAGCAGUCCAAUAUUUGGCAAAUGAUUACACUUUGUUUUUCAAGCGGUUAUUUGACUUUUGAUAUCUACAUAUGCUAUGCCAAAAUCUAAGAUCAUAGUAAAAUGCAAACAUAGACUUAUUUGCAUCAUAUAUGUGGAAUUACUGGAUUUAUUAUGGCUAUUUUCUAUGGCCCUGGCGGUGCUCUAAUCAUCUCAAAUGUGCUAUUGAUCAAUGAAUUUUCAACAUUCUUUUUGAAUUACAGACAAUUCCUCUUAGCAUUUAAGAGAAAUGAUACUACACUUUACCAAGUGAAUGCCAUUGGAUUUUUCUUUGCCUUCUUUUUCAGUAGAAUUGUAUUUAACACAUUUGUUGGAUAUUGGAUUAUCAAAGCUAUUUAACUCUCUAUUAAGCAAUAUGGUGAAGAGAAGGAGGAAUUGAUCCACUAUACUGAGGAUAAAGACAACGAUGCAAAAUAAGGAUUAUUAAGGAAAAAUAGUCAUGGUAAAAAAGGUAAUGAUUUAGUGGACUUUUGA